GUGGCCGGUUUUCCCGCGUGCCGGCGCUCCUCCUGUGAAGCGGCAGUUCAAAUUCAUUCGCCGCGGCCGGGCUUGCUUGGCAGCUUCCGCGAGGCCGUCCCGCGGCUGAAGGUGAACUCGGUGCUGCGUGGAGGCAGCGCUGAGGGCCAAAGCGGCGAGGGCAAUGGCUGACAAAAACCAAGAGAUUGGUGGCAUCCAUUUCCCCUUUCCCUUCCCGCCCUAUCCUAUCCAGAAGGACUUCAUGGCAGAGCUCUACAAGGUUUUGGAGGCUGGCAAGAUUGGGAUAUUUGAGAGUCCAACUGGCACGGGAAAGUCCUUAAGUCUUAUUUGUGGGGCCCUGUCCUGGCUCCGUGACUUUGAACAGAAGAAAUUGCAAGCAGAGGCCCGUCUCCUUGAACCUGGUUCUGGCCCCACAAGUGGUGGGAAGAACUCGCUUUCGUCUUCCUCUUCUUGUCAAGAACCCUCUGAUGCCCCGAGGCCUGCUGGAGAACCUGACUGGGUUACUGAAUUUGUUCAGAAGAAAGAAGAAAGGGAGCUGGUGGAGAGGCUGAAGGAGGAACAGGUGAAGAGGAGGAGGCGCGAGGAGCGUCUGCAGCAGGUCUGCCAGGAUGGAAGGCUCAGGUUUGCAGCCAAGCGCAUGAAACAGGAAGAAGAGGAGACUGAGACUCUCCUGCGCCUCAGCAGGGAGAUGCUGGAUGCAGAGGCAGGAUCAGAGCAGCUUGAGUGUGGGGAGGAGGAGCUGGUGCUGGCAGAAUAUGAGAGUGAUGAGGAGAGAAGAGCCAGCAGAGUGGAUGAGGAUGAGGACGACCUGGAGGAAGAACACAUAACCAAGAUUUAUUACUGUAGUCGGACACACUCACAGCUGGCCCAGUUUGUGCAUGAAGUACUGAAGAGUCCUUUUGGCAAGGAAACACAGCUAGUCUCCCUUGGUUCUCGGCAGAACCUUUGUGUGAAUGAAGAUGUGAAAAACCUGGGUUCUGUGCAACUUAUGAAUGACCGCUGCAUGGAUAUGCAAAGAAUCAAACAUGAGAAGAGCAGACCUGGGGGAGACAAGCCAAAGAGGAGGAGACAAAAGAUCCAGACCUCCUGCCCCUUCUACAACCAUGAGCAGAUGCAGCUUCUCCGGGACGAGAUUCUGCUGGAGGUGAAGGACAUGGAGCAGCUUGUGGCCCUUGGGAAGGAGGCCCGGGCCUGUCCCUACUAUGGAAGCCGCUUUGCCAUCCCUGCAGCCCAGCUAGUGGUGUUACCAUACCCAAUGCUGCUGCAUGCAGCCACCCGGCAGGCUGCAGGAAUCAGGCUGCAAGGCCAGGUGGUCAUCAUUGACGAGGCACACAACCUGAUCGACACCAUCACCGACAUCCACAGCACAGAGGUCAAUGGUUCCCAGCUCUGCCAGGCCCAUUCUCAGUUGCUCCAGUACAUGGAAAGAUAUGGGAAGCGUUUGAAGGCCAAGAACCUGAUGUAUAUCAAGCAGAUCCUCUAUUUGCUGGAGAAGUUUGUGGCUGUCCUGGGAGGUAAUGUUAAGCAAAAUCCUAGUACACAGAGCCAGCCCCAGACAGGGUCUGAGCUGAAGAGCAUCAACGACUUUCUCUUUCAGAGCCAGGUGGACAACAUCAACCUUUUCAAGGUGCAGAAGUACUUGGAGAAGAGCAUGGUCAGCAGGAAGCUCUUCGGCUUCACAGAACGUUUUGGAGUUGUUCUUCCAUCCCUCCCAGCUUCUCAGAAUCGUAAUCUCGAUGGCUUCCAGCACUUCAUGAAGAGCCUGCAGUCAGGGCCUACUGAGGACUCCCUGGAGGAGGGCCAGGCUACAGCCCCGAGGGCUGCCUCUCCACUGAUGCACAUUGAGGCCUUCCUGGCAGCUCUUACCACUGCCAACCAGGACGGCAGGGUUAUCUUGAGCCGCCAAGGCAGUGUUGGUCAGAGCAGCCUGAAAUUCUUGCUCUUGAACCCAGCUGUACACUUUGCCCAGGUGGUGAAGGAAUGCCGAGCAGUGGUCAUUGCAGGUGGCACCAUGCAGCCGGUGUCUGACUUUCGGGAGCAGCUGCUAGCAUGUUCUGGAGUGGAAGCUGAACGAGUGGUGGAGUUUUCAUGUGGUCAUGUGAUCCCUCCAGACAACAUCUUGCCCCUUAUUAUAUGCAGCGGACCCUCUAACCAACAGCUGGAAUUCACCUACCAGAGAAGAGAGCUGCCUCAGAUGAUGGAGGAGACAGGCCGAAUUCUCUGUAACUUGUGCAAUGUGGUCCCUGGAGGGAUGGUUUGCUUCCUCCCUUCCUAUGAGUAUCUGCGUCAGGUACAUGCUCACUGGGACAAGACUGGGCUGCUGGCACGUUUGUCAGCCAAGAAAAAGAUAUUCCAAGAGCCCAAGAAAGCAAGCCAGGUGGAGCAGGUGCUGGUGGCUUAUUCCAAGUGCAUUACGUGCUGCAGAAACACAGGAGGCCACCUCACAGGGGCCUUGCUUCUCUCUGUGGUUGGAGGGAAGAUGAGUGAAGGGAUCAACUUCUCUGAUGACCUGGGCCGGUGUGUGGUGAUGGUGGGGAUGCCAUACCCCAACAUUAAAUCUCCAGAGCUUCAAGAGAAGAUGGCCUAUUUGGAUCAGACCCUUCCUAGAACACAAGGUCAGCUGCCCCCAGGGAAGGUAUUGGUGGAGAAUCUGUGUAUGAAGGCUGUAAACCAAUCUAUAGGCAGGGCCUUUAGGCACCAGAGGGACUUUGCCAGCAUUGUGCUCCUGGAUCAUCGGUAUGCCCGUGCUUCUGUCCUGGCAAAGCUGCCAGCCUGGAUACGAGAUCGAGUGGAGGUCAAAGCCACCUUUGGCCCUGCCUUUGCUGCCAUGCGGAAGUUUCACCGAGAGAAGUCACACCUCUGUUUGGUAUAGGCUUCUCGUUUAUUGUUUCUCUGCCUGACCUGGCCUUUGACUUUGGCCUAAGAAGGACAAAACCUUAUGCAGACUUCUACCUAAGUCUACACCAGCCUUCCAGAGUCAGUGGAAUCCAGUAUUGGAACUUACACAGAAAAGCCACCGGGACAAAGCCGGAUCAUCCUGACUGAUUCUCCCCCUAGCACCUGGCUCAGGUUCAGCCUUCUCCAUGGCUUUAGGAAGCUGUGCAAGCAACAGCUUUCUGCCCUUUUUUGAGGCGUGGCCCACCCUGCCUUUGUCCUUUAGGGACGAGAUCCUAUUCUUGGCCUUUGACUCUCAUCUCAGCCAGAGAUGUCUCCAUUUCAGGCUUUGUUGACUGGCCCUCUCCAGCAGGAGUUGCGUCUCUCUUGCUUGGCUCCUGGUCUUUCCUCACAAGCUAGCAGGGCCUCUUCUUCAGCCACCAGAGAAGAUGUCAAUGCCACCACACUUACCAUGGCCUCAGCCACAAUGCCAGGGCCGUUGGACUCUACAUGACUUCUUUUAGAGUUUCUUGUCUGACCCCAAGGCAUUUUUGGUUGGGUAGAAAUAUCCCUCCCCCUGCAGAGCCUCCCCAAGUCAUCUCUUGUUUGAACCCGGAGAAAAGGCUCUAUCCCUUCCCUCAGACAUUCUGUCCCAUUGCUGAGAUGGCCAGGGCAGGAGGAAAGCCCAUGCUCUGCUGAGCCAUCUGCAUCUAUCUGGCAAGGCCACCCUUCAUUUCUUAGAGGGCACUCUUCACAUGGGCUGAGUCCUGGAGUUGCCAUUCGUUAUUGUUGUGUGUCGCUGUUUUCUCAAUCCUAACAAAGGUAAGGAAAGUGUACUAGGGCUGGGGCAGGUAAGACAGUCACAUGAGACAGUGGAGCUGACCCAUGGUACACACUGCCCCUGCUCUGUGGAAAGGGGUGAGGUAGGAUGGAGGACAGUUGUCCAGCCACUAAGCUCUGUAGACAACAGGAGCUUUAGGGUCAGGUUGCCCAGUAGCCUCUCAGAGCUGUUCGUGCUCGAGUGUGUGAGGAAGGUCCCAGCCUGCUCAGGUGGUGCCGGUUCACAAUCAACAUCACGUCUUUGCCAGAUUAUACACUUGGUUCAUAUAUUCAAAUGUUUGGACAUAACUGUGAAGCUUCCUCAAUCCAUUUUGAUUUCUUAGAACAUCCAAGCUGAGAUUGGAUGGCUCCAGCGUCACUCAUAAUGGAAACAUCUGACUAAGAGGAGUCAGGAUGCCCAAAAGAAGGUUAUUUGUCUUUUGGAGAACUCACUUAGGAGUUUCAGGAUAGAGUGGGGACUUAGCCAUCAUGAUAAGAAUGAUUUUAAUUUGGGGGGUUCUUUCCAUGGGAAUUUCAUCCAUAUUGUUGGUAGAUCCCUUCAUGGGUGAGCCAAUGAUGAUCUCGAGAAGAGCAGUUGAACACAGAGCAUCUCUGGCCAACCCCCUUCUGCUUGUUCAUACAGCAUCUCUAGGCAACUUUCUUCCUUCCUGUACAUAGAACAUCAGUUACCAACUCCCUGACUGCUGCCUGUAUAAACCCCAGUUGGAACAUAGCUUCGGUGGAGGGCCAAGAGCUGACAUCUCAGAAUCAACAUCUCUUAAAGAUCAUUCUGGUUAGGAAUGGGUGCAGAAGAUGAUGGGAACCUUCCAAGUACUUGGGGGUAGAAUCUUCCCCAGUUCUUUAGAAUGGGUGAUAAGGGCGUGUCGGGUGGGAUCUUGGAGAUAUUUCUGCAGAGAUAGGAGCAUCCCAUGGAACUGUAAGUUCUAUUUCCUAUGCAUCCUACAUAACCAACUAGGAAAGUUCAAUGAUGAGAAGAUGUGUAAUUGAAAAAGCAUUAAAGCAUGAAAAAGGGAAAGGAAGCAACCAAUAAAUUGUAUAAUGUAGUGCCAUGCAUUAAGCACUAUAUGGGUUGAGUUUUUGCUUGCUUGUUCUGUUUUUUGAGACCUGGUCUCUUUUAUAUCUCUGGCUGUCCUGUAGAUCAGCCUGUCGUAACUCGCAGUGAUCCACCUGUCUCUGCCCACUGAGUACUGGAAUUAGAGACAUACUGUCCUGCAUACAAAUUGUUUUUAUUGUCUUCUUUAAUCUUUCACCAGUGCUAUAUCAGCAUACAGGUGCUGACUGGGCAUACAGCCCUUGCCUAGAAGAAGCCCUGAGCUUAAUCUCCAUCAGAACAGGGUUGAGGUAUUAAGGAAUAACAUUCAUUUUCCAAGAAGAAAAGCAGGGAUUUUACUGAAGCCCAUAGAGGUCUGCUGAGGUCAAGCUCACCAGUACAACAGAGAACUAGCAAGAUGAAAAAGGAGAUUUCCUGGAGUGAGCCCCCAUAGAGGCGAAGAAUGUUGCUGUCUGGAAAAGCAGAAACAUAGGCUGCUGGCGGAUGAGGACUCCUUGCCCGUGGGUACUGCAAGCUAGCCUGGAUUUGAAGGCAGUGCAGGUACUUCAAGUCCAUGCAGUGGGCUCUCGUCUGAGGGAAGGAAACAAAGAGCCACAUCUUGACUUUGUGUUACAUUUUUGUUUUCCCAAACCUUGGACUUGAAUGGCCUCUUCAGCACCUGCUCCCUUUUAGUUUCAGUUCCCACCACCAAGGAGAAUUCCUUCUCAAGUUCCUUGGUUCCAAAUCUCAAGUGAAAAGUAAUAUUACCUUUCUUUUUAUGGCAGAUCACUGGUCACCUAAGCACUGGGCCUGGCAGGUGCUGACCCCCUCCUUGAGUGGAGAGUGACCAACCUGCUCCUGUCUUCCUUGUCUCCAUAGUUUUUAGCAGUCCUGACCCUUUAGUCCUUUGCUGAAAUAGGAGCAGUCCAAGAGAAAGAGGUCCCUUAUCUGAACCCAGGAUUAGGAACUUUAGUGCAGGUACCAAUUUCAAAGUGCAUGAGGGCUGGAGAUAGGGGCUUCUUCAGAUUGUGUACAGAGGGCUCAGUACUCUAAUGCUUAUCACUGUUAUCAUACAAACAUAACCACUUUUUGGUAACAACAAUUUUAUUAGCUAUAAAUUAUACACUAAGAGAUAAGUGCUCUGAAUACAAGAAAUCUUACCCAACCACAUCUGUUUCUCUGUUUCUCUAUUUCCCUUCCUUUCCUUGUCCCUCCUGCGCUCUCUCUCUCUCUCUCUCUCUCUCUCUCUCUCUCCCCCCCUCCUCUCCUUUACCUCUCCCAUCCUCCCUCCUUCCCCCUUACACCUUUUAUGCUCAUGGCUCUCCUACUCCAACAUUAGGAAGAAAAUCCAGGUUACUCAACUUCAGAAUAGCCAUAGGACAGAAGUGCUUAUUCUUUUUCUCUCCCCUCCUCCAACCAUGAUAUUUAUGACAACCAAGCCAAACUAUGCUUCUUAUUUGUUCAUUGCCUACUAAAGUGUCACAACUUCUCAUGUGAGGCAAACACCAUAGUAAAGGAAGCUUGCCUAGCCUGUUGUUAA